AUGUCGGACUUCCAGGGCCUUCCGACUCGGGUAGAGCCCGAGCCUACUGACGUGGAAGGCAUGAAUGUGCCAAUGCCGGAUGUGACUCUACGAGACGAGCUCUCCGAGUCACUGAUGCCGCUCAAAUGGGUGCUGUUCCCGGAAGCCGACCCGGUACAGCAAUUUCGCGAUAAGACGUGGAAGGAGAAGAUAUGGAUAUUUCUAGUGGGAGUGUUUCCGAUUCUGUCAUGGCUGCCGAAAUACGAUCUACGGUUCUAUCUGCUCGGCGACAUCAUCGGAGGGCUCUCCAUCGCCAUCAUGUCCGUACCGCAGGAUGUAUCGUACGCUAGGUACGCCAACGCCCCCAAGGAGUUCGCUCUCUACACGAGUUUCCUGCCGCCGCUGAUGUACGCGAUCCUUGGCUCAUCGAAGCACAUGGUGAUCGGGCCGGUGUCGGUGGUGUCGCAGCUGCUGGGCGAGCAGCUGAGCGCGCAGGUGGACCCCGCCACGGACCCCGCCCUCUACAACUCGCUGCUCACCACCACCACCUUCCUCUGCGGCCUCUUCCAACUCGCCAUGGGGCUCCUCAGAAUGGGGUUCUUGGUGGAUCUACUGAGCCAGCCCACCAUCGCGGGGUUCCUAGCAGGGUGCUCCCUCACCAUCGCGCUGCAGCAGCUGAAGCCCAUUCUGGGGUACAAGGACUUCACGCUCAGCACCAGCAUUGUCAACAUCUUCAAGGCUGUUGCUGAAUACUCUUAUGAGUUCCAAUGGCGUGCAUUCGUCCUCGGCUCCUCCUUCUUCAUCGCCCUCACCAUCCUCCGCAUUCUCACGAAGAUGUACCCGAAGAGCAAGACCCUGUUCUACGCCAAUGCGCUGGGCCCCAUCUCCUCUAUAAUCCUCUCCACUAUCAUCGUGGGCGCCUCGGGCAUGUACAACAAGGGUGUAGCCACGGUGGGCAGCAUAACCACAGGUCUAGGCGGCAUGUCAUCGGUGUGGGACAUCGAUCUGCACAACGAGUACACCGACGAGGUCGCCCUCAUCGCCCUCUACGCUGCCCUCGUCUCCCUCGCUGAAUCGAUUGGCAUAGGGCGCACUUUUGCGGGCAUGUAUGGUUACCACAUUGAUGGUAACAAAGAGCUCAUAGCCUACGGAGCCAUGAACCUCUCAGGCUCCUUCACCUCCUGCUACGUCGCCACAGGCUCCUUCUCCCGCACGGCAGUGAACAUCCUAGCGGGGGCGCACACGGCGCUGACGCAGAUCAUCCUCUCCUUCACCAUGCUUAUCGUGCUGCUUGCUGCCGCUCCCGCCUUCAAAUACUGUGUGGUGGGAGCUGUCAUUGCCAACUCUGUGCUUAACCUGGUACCGCCCUCCUCCCUAUCUCCCUCCUUGCUCCUCACCAUCGCCGUUCUUUCCUGCUGCUCCCACUUGCUCCCCCCUUUAUCUGUUCCCCCCUAUCGCCUUGCCCCCUCCCCUCCUCCCCAUCAUUGCCCCCCCACCCAUUUUGUAACCAUGCCCACUUGCUUCCCUUCUUCCCUCGUCCCAUCCCAUCCCCUCCCAUCCAUCACCGCUCCCCCCUCUCAGCUGGACUUCAAAGCCGCAUUUCAGAUCUGGAGGGUGGACAAGCUGGGCUUCACACUGGACUUCAAGGCAGCGUUUAUGAUCUGGAGGGUAGACAAGCUGGACUUCAUGGUCAUGCUGGGCUGCUUCCUCGGGAUCAUCUUCGGCUCGCCCGAGAUCGGCCUGCUAGUCGCCUCCGUCCUCUCCGUCCUCAAGCUGCUCCUCCGCAUCAUUCGUCCGCACAUCCGCCUGCUGGGCCUGCUCCCGGGCGGCGCCGCUACAGCCGUGAGCGUGCUACAGUUCCCCAACAGCACGCUGUGCGAGGGGAUCGUGAUGCUGAGGAUCGAGAGCCCGCUGUACUUCCCUGCCGCCAACUUCUGCCGGCAGCGCAUCAAGAAGCUCUGUGAUGCGUAUGCGAGAGGGUACCAGCAACCUGUGCGGCACUGCAUUCUGGAUCUGAGUGUAAUGCACGACAUUGACGUGUCGGGCAUCGAUGGGUUGAAGGAGCUGCACCGAGACCUGUCUGAGAAGAGCAUUCAGGUGCAGACGGCUCUGCCUAUCCAGUUUGUCAAGGGACGCCCUGUGCAAGCUGUGGGUGGGACGCCAACUUCCCGGCCGAGAUGGGCGAGCAGUGACUUUUACCUUUUCCUUCCAUCAACCCACUCACUUCCACCGCGCCUCACCCCCAUUUUCCCCACUCCCAUGCAGCUCUGCCUGUCCAGUGCAUCACGGGACAUCCUGCGCAAGCCGUGGGACGCCAACUUCCUGGCGGAGAUGGCGAGCAGUGGCUCUUCUGCAUCCAGGGAUGUGCUGCGCAAGCUGUGGGACGCCAAUUUCCUGGCGGAGAUGGGAGAGCAGUGGCUCUUCGUCACUCCUGCCGACGCCGUCAAGCUCUGUCGCUCCGUGGCCGUGGCUGCACCGGCUGUGAAGGAGCAAGAUGAGCUGCUGGCGUCCGUGCAAGUCCGGGAGAGCAAGAGCCCCGCGCUGCCCCUGGGCGCGGCGGACAGGGCAGGCGAGGGCGGGGGGCAUGGUGCUGCAGGCAGCGGCGGUGCGGAGCAGAGCAGCGGAGGUGGGCAGCAGGAGGAGGCCGAUUGGGAGCGAACGGACGGCGAUACAGAGUGGGAGCAGGUGGAGGGGAGGGCGAGUGAUGGCGAGGAGGGGGAGAGUGGGCGUGGCGGGCAGGGAAUGGAGGGGCGGCAGGUGAGCAGCGCGGAUGGGAUGGAGGCAUUGGCUGGUGGUGGUGGUGACGGCCAUCGUGGGGUGCAGCUGAGUGCCGGGAACACACCGAGGCGCACAGGCAGUGCCGUGGAGCAGCAGGGAGCGCGUGAAGGUGCUGGGGCGGAGGGGGAAGGCGAGUCCCUGGCAGACAACAAGGGGGCGUCUGGCAAUGCGGACGUGAGCGGUGGUGCGGACACAGGCGCUGGCGCGAGCGCGAGCGCAGGCACGGGGAUUGGCACGGGCACGGGCACGGGCACGGGUAUGGGUAUGGGCAUGGGGCUGCUGGAUGUGCUGCGGGGAGGGGUGUGGCGGCGGUCAGUGUCAGUGGAUGGGGCAGGACGUGCGCGGGGCAGGCCAAGCGGGAAACAGGUGGCGGGGCUAGGAGGGAGGGGUGAUGAGGGGACGGGGGAGGAGGGCGAAGAGGGUGAGAGCAAGGAGCGAGGGAGCAACAUGUUGUGGGAGGAGAAUGGGGGCUUGACGAGUGAGCUGGCAGUGUGGGAGAAGGCAGAGGAGGAUGCAGAGAGGGGGGAGGGAGGAGAGGCAGAGAGUGAGUGUGAGGAGGGCGAGGAGGAGAUGGUAGCAGCGGAGGCGCUGUGCUAUGGGCCGCUGGCAGAGGUGAACCUGGGAGGGCACGUGGGAGGACCCGUGCACACACGCAUGCGCAUGCUGCACCUGCUGCCCCACGCCCUGCCCUCGCCCCCUCGCACCCUCUCCCUGCCCGCCCAACCCUGCAGCGUGCAUAGUGACAGAGGGCAGGCCGCAAUGCAAGAAGCGCAUAUAGCUUCAAUGGAGGCAGGCAGGGAGGGAGGUGGUGAGGAGGGAGCAGUGGGCGCAGAGGGUGGGGGAGGUGCAGCGGAGGAGGAGCAGCGAGCGACUGCUCCUCUGCGGUCGCCCUUAGCGCCACGCCUCUUCACCUUCACCUCGCCCUUCCUCUUCUUCUCCUCCACCCCCCGCCUGCCCCCUGCACCUGCGCCCACACCCGACCUGCCCUCGCCACCAGCGCCACAGCCCGCAUCGUCAGCACCAGAAGCCACGUCUGAACUCGCACCUGCUGCCUGUGCUGCCUCCACCCAAGGCGAGCAAGGCCCUCCCCCUGCCCAAGGCAGCAGGGAUUCGUCCCCCAUCUCGCCACUCGACCCCCUCCCUGCCGACGCCCCUCCCCCUUCUAAGUCCUUUCUCCUCCCGCCCUUCCUCCCAGCUAAGCCCUUGCUGCCACCUCGGGCGGAGGAGAGGGGCGAGCCGCUGCUGCACAAGGCGUAUGGGGAGAAGGGGGGCGACGAGAUCGACUGGGACAGGCGCAAGGCACUCGAGGCCGAGCAGGAGCAUCCCCUUUACAAGCUGCCUCUGGAGGAGCAGCAGGCAGCGAGUGCGGAUGAGGUAGAGGAAGGGGCGGUGUCCCCAUCGGCAUCCAGCGUGCGGGAGCUGUUUGGGGACGAGUUCCUAGUGGGGCAGUGGGAGCGCCGUGAGGUGGUGAGUCGCGACGGCACGGCGAGGCUGUGCGCGCCGGUGUUCCUGGCGACCGUGGACCAGUGCCACGCGAGCGCCGCUGGCGAGGGAGCGUGUGCGCUGCUGGUGGCGCACAUAGCGGCGUGGGUGCACGAGCAUGCGCACGGGGAGGGCACGCUGCCAGGGCAGGCGGAGCUGGACGACCUCAUCCAUGCCGGGUCGGCGGACUGGCGGCGCCUGCGCGCCCUCAGCGACUUCCACCAACGCUUCCCUGACGGGCACUUUGACCUUGAUACCGUUCUGGCUGCCGUGCAGCAGCAGCACUCCCACUCCCACUCCGAUGCGCCCUCCCACGCGCAGUCCGACUGUGGCGGGCAGGCCGUGGGUGCAGAGGCCCACGACUGGGCACCUGAUAAAGCAGGGACCCAGGAUGGUGGAGGAAACACGGGCCCUGGUGCCUCCCACGCUGGUAGCAGCAGCAGCAGCAGCGGCGAUGGUGGUGGUGGGGUGGCAGGCAUGCCCCGGCUGCCGCUGUGUGUGGUGCCGAGCCAGUCGUUCGUGGGGUUCUUCCACCCGCCCUGCCUGGCCGCCAGACGCGCCAGGGAGGACGCGGCUCGCACCCAGGGCAGCAGCGCAGCAGAGGGUGAUGCGGCUGAUGUGAACAGGGGCGAGGCGGGUGCGAGCACUGUGGAUGAGAGCGGUAGAGGCACAGAGGAGGGGGAUGGGGGAAAGGAGGAGGAAGUAGUGGGGAAGCGCACAAGCAGUUCGCCAGACGUAGGAGAAAAGGGAAAUGGGGCUGAAGCGUCGUUGGAAGGAGAAAAGCAAGAGCAGGCGUCUAGUGCGGAGAGUCCAGAAGGCGUGGGGAAUAAGGGCAUGGAGGAGAAGGGCAUGGAGGAGAAGGGCAUGGAGGAGAAGGGCAUGGAGGAGAAGGGCAUGGAGGAGAAGGGCAUGGAGGAGAAGGGCAUGGAGGAGAAGGGCAUGGAGGAGAAGGGCAUGGAGGAGAAGGGCAUGGAGGAGAAGGGCAUGGAGGAGAAGGGCAUGGAGGAGGAAGGGCAUGGAGGAGAAGGGCAUGGAGGAGAAGGGCAUGGAGGAGAAGGGCAUGGAGGAGAAGGGCAUGGAGGAGAAGGGCAUGGAGGAGAAGGGCAUGGAGGAGAAGGGCAUGGAGGAGAAGGGCAUGGAGGAGAAGGGCAUGGAGGAGAAGGGCAUGGAGGAGAAGGGCAUGGAGGAGAAGGGCAUGGAGGAGAAGGGCAUGGAGGAGAAGGGCAUGGAGGAGAAGGGCAUGGAGGAGAAGGGCAUGGAGGAGAAGGGCAUGGAGGAGAAGGGCAUGGAGGAGAAGGGCAUGGAGGAGAAGGGCAUGGAGGAGAAGGGCAUGGAGGAGAAGGGCAUGGAGGAGAAGGGCAUGGAGGAGAAGGGCAUGGAGGAGAAGGGCAUGGAGGAGAAGGGCAUGGAGGAGAAGGGCAUGGAGGAGAAGGGCAUGGAGGAGAAGGGCAUGAGGAGAAGGGCAUGGAGGAGAAGGGCAUGGAGGAGAAGGGCAUGGAGGAGAAGGGCAUGGAGGAGAAGGGCAUGGAGGAGAAGGGCAUGGAGGAGAAGGGCAUGGAGGAGAAGGGCAUGGAGGAGAAGGGCAUGGAGGAGAAGGGCAUGGAGGAGAAGGGCAUGGAGGAGAAGGGCAUGGAGGAGAAGGGCAUGGAGGAGAAGGGCAUGGAGGAGAAGGGCAUGGAGGAGAAGGGCAUGGAGGAGAAGGGCAUGGAGGAGAAGGGCAUGGAGGAGAAGGGCAUGGAGGAGAAGGGCAUGGAGGAGAAGGGCAUGGAGGAGAAGGGCAUGGAGGAGAAGGGCAUGGAGGAGAAGGGCAUGGAGGAGAAGGGCAUGGAGGAGAAGGGCAUGGAGGAGAAGGGCAUGGAGGAGAAGGGCAUGGAGGAGAAGGGCAUGGAGGAGAAGGGCAUGGAGGAGAAGGGCAUGGAGGAGAAGGGCAUGGAGGAGAAGGGCAUGGAGGAGAAGGGCAUGGAGGAGAAGGGCAUGGAGGAGAAGGGCAUGGAGGAGAAGGGCAUGGAGGAGAAGGGCAUGGAGGAGAAGGGCAUGGAGGAGAAGGGCAUGGAGGAGAAGGGCAUGGAGGAGAAGGGCAUGGAGGAGAAGGGCAUGGAGGAGAAGGGCAUGGAGGAGAAGGGCAUGGAGGAGAAGGGCAUGGAGGAGAAGGGCAUGGAGGAGAAGGGCAUGGAGGAGAAGGGCAUGGAGGAGAAGGGCAUGGAGGAGAAGGGCAUGGAGGAGAAGGGCAUGGAGGAGAAGGGCAUGGAGGAGAAGGGCAUGGAGGAGAAGGGCAUGGAGGAGAAGGGCAUGGAGGAGAAGGGCAUGGAGGAGAAGGGCAUGGAGGAGAAGGGCAUGGAGGAGAAGGGCAUGGAGGAGAAGGGCAUGGAGGAGAAGGGCAUGGAGGAGAAGGGCAUGGAGGAGAAGGGCAUGGAGGAGAAGGGCAUGGAGGAGAAGGGCAUGGAGGAGAAGGGCAUGGAGGAGAAGGGCAUGGAGGAGAAGGGCAUGGAGGAGAAGGGCAUGGAGGAGAAGGGCAUGGAGGAGAAGGGCAUGGAGGAGAAGGGCAUGGAGGAGAAGGGCAUGGAGGAGAAGGGCAUGGAGGAGAAGGGCAUGGAGGAGAAGGGCAUGGAGGAGAAGGGCAUGGAGGAGAAGGGCAUGGAGGAGAAGGGCAUGGAGGAGAAGGGCAUGGAGGAGAAGGGCAUGGAGGAGAAGGGCAUGGAGGAGAAGGGCAUGGAGGAGAAGGGCAUGGAGGAGAAGGGCAUGGAGGAGAAGGGCAUGGAGGAGAAGGGCAUGGAGGAGAAGGGCAUGGAGGAGAAGGGCAUGGAGGAGAAGGGCAUGGAGGAGAAGGGCAUGGAGGAGAAGGGCAUGGAGGAGAAGGGCAUGGAGGAGAAGGGCAUGGAGGAGAAGGGCAUGGAGGAGAAGGGCAUGGAGGAGAAGGGCAUGGAGGAGAAGGCAUGGAGGAGAAGGGCAUGGAGGAGAAGGGCAUGGAGGAGAAGGGCAUGGAGGAGAAGGGCAUGGAGGAGAAGGGCAUGGAGGAGAAGGGCAUGGAGGAGAAGGGCAUGGAGGAGAAGGGCAUGGAGGAGAAGGGCAUGGAGGAGAAGGGCAUGGAGGAGAAGGGCAUGGAGGAGAAGGGCAUGGAGGAGAAGGGCAUGGAGGAGAAGGGCAUGGAGGAGAAGGGCAUGGAGGAGAAGGGCAUGGAGGAGAAGGGCAUGGAGGAGAAGGGCAUGGAGGGAGAAGGGCAUGGAGGAGAAGGGCAUGGAGGAGAAGGGCAUGGAGGAGAAGGGCAUGGAGGAGAAGGGCAUGGAGGAGAAGGGCAUGGAGGAGAAGGGCAUGGAGGAGAAGGGCAUGGAGGAGAAGGGCCAUGGAGGAGAAGGGCAUGGAGGAGAAGGGCAUGGAGGAGAAGGGCAUGGAGGAGAAGGGCAUGGAGGAGAAGGGCAUGGAGGAGAAGGGCAUGGAGGAGAAGGGCAUGGAGGAGAAGGGCAUGGAGGAGAAGGGCAUGGAGGAGAAGGGCAUGGAGGAGAAGGGCAUGGAGGAGAAGGGCAUGGAGGAGAAGGGCAUGGAGGAGAAGGGCAUGGAGGAGAAGGGCAUGGAGGAGAAGGGCAUGGAGGAGAAGGGCAUGGAGGAGAAGGGCAUGGAGGAGAAGGGCAUGGAGGAGAAGGGCAUGGAGGAGAAGGGCAUGGAGGAGAAGGGCAUGGAGGAGAAGGGCAUGGAGGAGAAGGGCAUGGAGGAGAAGGGCAUGGAGGAGAAGGGCAUGGAGGAGAAGGGCAUGGAGGAGAAGGGCAUGGAGGAGAAGGGCAUGGAGGAGAAGGGCAUGGAGGAGAAGGGCAUGGAGGAGAAGGGCAUGGAGGAGAAGGGCAUGGAGGAGAAGGGCAUGGAGGAGAAGGGCAUGGAGGAGAAGGGCAUGGAGGAGAAGGGCAUGGAGGAGAAGGGCAUGGAGGAGAAGGGCAUGGAGGAGAAGGGCAUGGAGGAGAAGGGCAUGGAGGAGAAGGGCAUGGAGGAGAAGGGCAUGGAGGAGAAGGGCAUGGAGGAGAAGGGCAUGGAGGAGAAGGGCAUGGAGGAGAAGGGCAUGGAGGAGAAGGGCAUGGAGGAGAAGGGCAUGGAGGAGAAGGGCAUGGAGGAGAAGGGCAUGGAGGAGAAGGGCAUGGAGGAGAAGGGCAUGGAGGAGAAGGGCAUGGAGGAGAAGGGCAUGGAGGAGAAGGGCAUGGAGGAGAAGGGCAUGGAGGAGAAGGGCAUGGAGGAGAAGGGCAUGGAGGAGAAGGGCAUGGAGGAGAAGGGCAUGGAGGAGAAGGGCAUGGAGGAGAAGGGCAUGGAGGAGAAGGGCAUGGAGGAGAAGGGCAUGGAGGAGAAGGGCAUGGAGGAGAAGGGCAUGGAGGAGAAGGGCAUGGAGGAGAAGGGCAUGGAGGAGAAGGGCAUGGAGGAGAAGGGCAUGGAGGAGAAGGGCAUGGAGGAGAAGGGCAUGGAGGAGAAGGGCAUGGAGGAGAAGGGCAUGGAGGAGAAGGGCAUGGAGGAGAAGGGCAUGGAGGAGGCAUGGAGGAGAAGGGCAUGGAGGAGAAGGGCAUGGAGGAGAAGGGCAUGGAGGAGAAGGGCAUGGAGGAGAAGGGCAUGGAGGAGAAGGGCAUGGAGGAGAAGGGCAUGGAGGAGAAGGGCAUGGAGGAGAAGGGCAUGGAGGAGAAGGGCAUGGAGGAGAAGGGCAUGGAGGAGAAGGGCAUGGAGGAGAAGGGCAUGGAGGAGAAGGGCAUGGAGGAGAAGGGCAUGGAGGAGAAGGGCAUGGAGGAGAAGGGCAUGGAGGAGAAGGGCAUGGAGGAGAAGGGCAUGGAGGAGAAGGGCAUGGAGGAGAAGGGCAUGGAGGAGAAGGGCAUGGAGGAGAAGGGCAUGGAGGAGAAGGGCAUGGAGGAGAAGGGCAUGGAGGAGAAGGGCAUGGAGGAGAAGGGCAUGGAGGAGAAGGGCAUGGAGGAGAAGGGCAUGGAGGAGAAGGGCAUGGAGGAGAAGGGCAUGGAGGAGAAGGGCAUGGAGGAGAAGGGCAUGGAGGAGAAGGGCAUGGAGGAGAAGGGCAUGGAGGAGAAGGGCAUGGAGGAGAAGGGCAUGGAGGAGAAGGGCAUGGAGGAGAAGGGCAUGGAGGAGAAGGGCAUGGAGGAGAAGGGCAUGGAGGAGAAGGGCAUGGAGGAGAAGGGCAUGGAGGAGAAGGGCAUGGAGGAGAAGGGCAUGGAGGAGAAGGGCAUGGAGGAGAAGGGCAUGGAGGAGAAGGGCAUGGAGGAGAAGGGCAUGGAGGAGAAGGGCAUGGAGGAGAAGGGCAUGGAGGAGAAGGGCAUGGAGGAGAAGGGCAUGGAGGAGAAGGGCAUGGAGGAGAAGGGCAUGGAGGAGAAGGGCAUGGAGGAGAAGGGCAUGGAGGAGAAGGGCAUGGAGGAGAAGGGCAUGGAGGAGAAGGGCAUGGAGGAGAAGGGCAUGGAGGAGAAGGGCAUGGAGGAGAAGGGCAUGGAGGAGAAGGGCAUGGAGGAGAAGGGCAUGGAGGAGAAGGGCAUGGAGGAGAAGGGCAGGAGGAGAAGGGCAUGGAGGAGAAGGGCAUGGAGGAGAAGGGCAUGGAGGAGAAGGGCAUGGAGGAGAAGGGCAUGGAGGAGAAGGGCAUGGAGGAGAAGGGCAUGGAGGAGAAGGGCAUGGAGGAGAAGGGCAUGGAGGAGAAGGGCAUGGAGGAGAAGGGCAUGGAGGAGAAGGGCAUGGAGGAGAAGGGCAUGGAGGAGAAGGGCAUGGAGGAGAAGGGCAUGGAGGAGAAGGGCAUGGAGGAGAAGGGCAUGGAGGAGAAGGGCAUGGAGGAGAAGGGCAUGGAGGAGAAGGGCAUGGAGGAGAAGGGCAUGGAGGAGAAGGGCAUGGAGGAGAAGGGCAUGGAGGAGAAGGGCAUGGAGGAGAAGGGCAUGGAGGAGAAGGGCAUGGAGGAGAAGGGCAUGGAGGAGAAGGGCAUGGAGGAGAAGGGCAUGGAGGAGAAGGGCAUGGAGGAGAAGGGCAUGGAGGAGAAGGGCAUGGAGGAGAAGGGCAUGGAGGAGAAGGGCAUGGAGGAGAAGGGCAUGGAGGAGAAGGGCAUGGAGGAGAAGGGCAUGGAGGAGAAGGGCAUGGAGGAGAAGGGCAUGGAGGAGAAGGGCAUGGAGGAGAAGGGCAUGGAGGAGAAGGGCAUGGAGGAGAAGGGCAUGGAGGAGAAGGGCAUGGAGGAGAAGGGCAUGGAGGAGAAGGGCAUGGAGGAGAAGGGCAUGGAGGAGAAGGGCAUGGAGGAGAAGGGCAUGGAGGAGAAGGGCAUGGAGGAGAAGGGCAUGGAGGAGAAGGGCAUGGAGGAGAAGGGCAUGGAGGAGAAGGGCAUGGAGGAGAAGGGCAUGGAGGAGAAGGGCAUGGAGGAGAAGGGCAUGGAGGAGAAGGGCAUGGAGGAGAAGGGCAUGGAGGAGAAGGGCAUGGAGGAGAAGGGCAUGGAGGAGAAGGGCAUGGAGGAGAAGGGCAUGGAGGAGAAGGGCAUGGAGGAGAAGGGCAUGGAGGAGAAGGGCAUGGAGGAGAAGGGCAUGGAGGAGAAGGGCAUGGAGGAGAAGGGCAUGGAGGAGAAGGGCAUGGAGGAGAAGGGCAUGGAGGAGAAGGGCAUGGAGGAGAAGGGCAUGGAGGAGAAGGGCAUGGAGGAGAAGGGCAUGGAGGAGAAGGGCAUGGAGGAGAAGGCAUGGAGGAGAAGGGCAUGGAGGAGAAGGGCAUGGAGGAGAAGGGCAUGGAGGAGAAGGGCAUGGAGGAGAAGGGCAUGGAGGAGAAGGGCAUGGAGGAGAAGGGCAUGGAGGAGAAGGGCAUGGAGGAGAAGGGCAUGGAGGAGAAGGGCAUGGAGGAGAAGGCAUGGAGGAGAAGGGCAUGGAGGAGAAGGGCAUGGAGGAGAAGGGCAUGGAGGAGAAGGGCAUGGAGGAGAAGGGCAUGGAGGAGAAGGGCAUGGAGGAGAAGGGCAUGGAGGAGAAGGGCAUGGAGGAGAAGGGCUAUGGAGGAGAAGGGCAUGGAGGAGAAGGGCAUGGAGGAGAAGGGCAUGGAGGAGAAGGGCAUGGAGGAGAAGGGCAUGGAGGAGAAGGGCAUGGAGGAGAAGGGCAUGGAGGAGAAGGGCAUGGAGGAGAAGGGCAUGGAGGAGAAGGGCAUGGAGGAGAAGGGCAUGGAGGAGAAGGGCAUGGAGGAGAAGGGCAUGGAGGAGAAGGGCAUGGAGGAGAAGGGCAUGGAGGAGAAGGGCAUGGAGGAGAAGGGCAUGGAGGAGAAGGGCAUGGAGGAGAAGGGCAUGGAGGAGAAGGGCAUGGAGGAGAAGGGCAUGGAGGAGAAGGGCAUGGAGGAGAAGGGCAUGGAGGAGAAGGGCAUGGAGGAGAAGGGCAUGGAGGAGAAGGGCAUGGAGGAGAAGGGCAUGGAGGAGAAGGGCAUGGAGGAGAAGGGCAUGGAGGAGAAGGGCAUGGAGGAGAAGGGCAUGGAGGAGAAGGGCAUGGAGGAGAAGGGCAUGGAGGAGAAGGGCAUGGAGGAGAAGGGCAUGGAGGAGAAGGGCAUGGAGGAGAAGGGCAUGGAGGAGAAGGGCAUGGAGGAGAAGGGCAUGGAGGAGAAGGGCAUGGAGGAGAAGGGCAUGGAGGAGAAGGCAUGGAGGAGAAGGGCAUGGAGGAGAAGGGCAUGGAGGAGAAGGGCAUGGAGGAGAAGGGCAUGGAGGAGAAGGGCAUGGAGGAGAAGGGCAUGGAGGAGAAGGGCAUGGAGGAGAAGGGCAUGGAGGAGAAGGGCAUGGAGGAGAAGGGCAUGGAGGAGAAGGGCAUGGAGGAGAAGGGCAUGGAGGAGAAGGGCAUGGAGGAGAAGGGCAUGGAGGAGAAGGGCAUGGAGGAGAAGGGCAUGGAGGAGAAGGGCAUGGAGGAGAAGGGCAUGGAGGAGAAGGGCAUGGAGGAGAAGGGCAUGGAGGAGAAGGGCAUGGAGGAGAAGGGCAUGGAGGAGAAGGGCAUGGAGGAGAAGGGCAUGGAGGAGAAGGGCAUGGAGGAGAAGGGCAUGGAGGAGAAGGGCAUGGAGGAGAAGGGCAUGGAGGAGAAGGGCAUGGAGGAGAAGGGCAUGGAGGAGAAGGGCAUGGAGGAGAAGGGCAUGGAGGAGAAGGGCAUGGAGGAGAAGGGCAUGGAGGAGAAGGGCAUGGAGGAGAAGGGCAUGGAGGAGAAGGGCAUGGAGGAGAAGGGCAUGGAGGAGAAGGGCAUGGAGGAGAUGAGGAGAAGGCAUGGAGGAGAAGGGCAUGGAGGAGAAGGGCAUGGAGGAGAAGGGCAUGGAGGAGAAGGGCAUGGAGGAGAAGGGCAUGGAGGAGAAGGGCAUGGAGGAGAAGGGCAUGGAGGAGAAGGGCAUGGAGGAGAAGGGCAUGGAGGAGAAGGGCAUGGAGGAGAAGGGCAUGGAGGAGAAGGGCAUGGAGGAGAAGGGCAUGGAGGAGAAGGGCAUGGAGGAGAAGGGCAUGGAGGAGAAGGGCAUGGAGGAGAAGGGCAUGGAGGAGAAGGGCAUGGAGGAGAAGGGCAUGGAGGAGAAGGGCAUGGAGGAGAAGGGCAUGGAGGAGAAGGGCAUGGAGGAGAAGGGCAUGGAGGAGAAGGGCAUGGAGGAGAAGGGCAUGGAGGAGAAGGGCAUGGAGGAGAAGGGCAUGGAGGAGAAGGGCAUGGAGGAGAAGGGCAUGGAGGAGAAGGGCAUGGAGGAGAAGGGCAUGGAGGAGAAGGGCAUGGAGGAGAAGGGCAUGGAGGAGAAGGGCAUGGAGGAGAAGGGCAUGGAGGAGAAGGGCAUGGAGGAGAAGGGCAUGGAGGAGAAGGGCAUGGAGGAGAAGGGCAUGGAGGAGAAGGGCAUGGAGGAGAAGGGCAUGGAGGAGAAGGGCAUGGAGGAGAAGGGCAUGGAGGAGAAGGGCAUGGAGGAGAAGGGCAUGGAGGAGAAGGGCAUGGAGGAGAAGGGCAUGGAGGAGAAGGGCAUGGAGGAGAAGGGCAUGGAGGAGAAGGGCAUGGAGGAGAAGGGCAUGGAGGAGAAGGGCAUGGAGGAGAAGGGCAUGGAGGAGAAGGGCAUGGAGGAGAAGGGCAUGGAGGAGAAGGGCAUGGAGGAGAAGGGCAUGGAGGAGAAGGGCAUGGAGGAGAAGGGCAUGGAGGAGAAGGGCAUGGAGGAGAAGGGCAUGGAGGAGAAGGGCAUGGAGGAGAAGGGCAUGGAGGAGAAGGGCAUGGAGGAGAAGGGCAUGGAGGAGAAGGGCAUGGAGGAGAAGGGCAUGGAGGAGAAGGGCAUGGAGGAGAAGGGCAUGGAGGAGAAGGGCAUGGAGGAGAAGGGCAUGGAGGAGAAGGGCAUGGAGGAGAAGGGCAUGGAGGAGAAGGGCAUGGAGGAGAAGGGCAUGGAGGAGAAGGGCAUGGAGGAGAAGGGCAUGGAGGAGAAGGGCAUGGAGGAGAAGGGCAUGGAGGAGAAGGGCAUGGAGGAGAAGGGCAUGGAGGAGAAGGGCAUGGAGGAGAAGGGCAUGGAGGAGAAGGGCAUGGAGGAGAAGGGCAUGGAGGAGAAGGGCAUGGAGGAGAAGGGCAUGGAGGAGAAGGGCAUGGAGGAGAAGGGCAUGGAGGAGAAGGGCAUGGAGGAGAAGGGCAUGGAGGAGAAGGGCAUGGAGGAGAAGGGCAUGGAGGAGAAGGGCAUGGAGGAGAAGGGCAUGGAGGAGAAGGGCAUGGAGGAGAAGGGCAUGGAGGAGAAGGGCAUGGAGGAGAAGGGCAUGGAGGAGAAGGGCAUGGAGGAGAAGGGCAUGGAGGAGAAGGGCAUGGAGGAGAAGGGCAUGGAGGAGAAGGGCAUGGAGGAGAAGGGCAUGGAGGAGAAGGGCAUGGAGGAGAAGGGCAUGGAGGAGAAGGGCAUGGAGGAGAAGGGCAUGGAGGAGAAGGGCAUGGAGGAGAAGGGCAUGGAGGAGAAGGGCAUGAGGAGAAGGCAUGGAGGAGAAGGGCAUGGAGGAGAAGGGCAUGGAGGAGAAGGGCAUGGAGGAGAAGGGCAUGGAGGAGAAGGGCAUGGAGGAGAAGGGCAUGGAGGAGAAGGGCAUGGAGGAGAAGGGCAUGGAGGAGAAGGGCAUGGAGGAGAAGGGCAUGGAGGAGAAGGGCAUGGAGGAGAAGGGCAUGGAGGAGAAGGGCAUGGAGGAGAAGGGCAUGGAGGAGAAGGGCAUGGAGGAGAAGGGCAUGGAGGAGAAGGGCAUGGAGGAGAAGGGCAUGGAGGAGAAGGGCAUGGAGGAGAAGGGCAUGGAGGAGAAGGGCCAUGGAGGAGAAGGGCAUGGAGGAGAAGGGCAUGGAGGAGAAGGGCAUGAGGAGAGGGGAGAAGGGCAUGGAGGAGAAGGGAAUGGAGGAGAAGGGCAUGGAGGAGAAGGGCAUGGAGGAGAAGGGCAUGGAGGAGAAUGGAUGGAGGAGAAGGGCAUGGAGGAGAAGGGCAUGGAGGAGAAGGCAUGGAGGAGAGGAGAAGGGCAUGGAGGAGAAGGGCAUGGAGGAGAAGGGCAUGGAGGAGAAGGGCAUGGAGGAGAAGGGCAUGGAGGAGAAGGCAUGGAGGAGAAGGGCAUGGAGGAGAAGGGCAUGGAGGAGAAGGGCAUGGAGGAGAAGGGCAUGGAGGAGAAGGGCAUGGAGGAGGCAUGGAGGAGAAGGGCAUGGAGGAGAAGGGCAUGGAGGAGAAGGGCAUGGAGGAGAAGGGCAUGGAGGAGAAGGGCAUGGAGGAGAAGGGCAUGGAGGAGAAGGGCAUGGAGGAGAAGGGCAUGGAGGAGAAGGGCAUGGAGGAGAAGGGCAUGGAGGAGAAGGGCAUGGAGGAGAAGGGCAUGGAGGAGAAGGGCAUGGAGGAGAAGGGCAUGGAGGAGAAGGGCAUGGAGGAGAAGGGCAUGGAGGAGAAGGGCAUGGAGGAGAAGGGCAUGGAGGAGAAGGGCAUGGAGGAGAAGGGCAUGGAGGAGAAGGGCAUGGAGGAGAAGGGCAUGGAGGAGAAGGCAUGGAAGGGCAUGGAGGAGAAGGGCAUGGAGGAGAAGGGCAUGGAGGAGAAGGCAUGGAGGAGAAGGGCAUGGAGGAGAAGGGCAUGGAGGAGAAGGGCAUGGAGGAGAAGGGCAUGGAGGAGAAGGGCAUGGAGGAGAAGGGCAUGGAGGAGAAGGGCAUGGAGGAGAAGGGCAUGGAGGAGAAGGGCAUGGAGGAGAGGAGGGCGGAGGAGAAGGGCAUGGAGGAGAAGGGCCAUGAGGAGAAGGGCAUGGAGGAGAAGGGCAUGGAGGAGAAGGGCAUGGAGGAGAAGGGCAUGGAGGAGAAGGGCAUGGAGGAGAAGGGCAUGGAGGAGAAGGGCAUGGAGGAGAAGGGCAUGGAGGAGAAGGGCAUGGAGGAGAAGGGCAUGGAGGAGAAGGGCAUGGAGGAGAAGGGCAUGGAGGAGAAGGGCAUGGAGGAGAAGGGCAUGGAGGAGAAGGGCAUGGAGGAGAAGGGCAUGGAGGAGAAGGGCAUGGAGGAGAAGGGCAUGGAGGAGAAGGGCAUGGAGGAGAAGGGCAUGGAGGAGAAGGGCAUGGAGGAGAAGGGCAUGGAGGAGAAGGGCAUGGAGGAGAAGGGCAUGGAGGAGAAGGGCAUGGAGGAGAAGGGCAUGGAGGAGAAGGGCAUGGAGGAGAAGGGCAUGGAGGAGAAGGGCAUGGAGGAGAAGGGCAUGGAGGAGAAGGGCAUGGAGGAGAAGGGCAUGGAGGAGAAGGGCAUGGAGGAGAAGGGCAUGGAGGAGAAGGGCAUGGAGGAGAAGGGCAUGGAGGAGAAGGGCAUGGAGGAGAAGGGCAUGGAGGAGAAGGGCAUGGAGGAGAAGGGCAUGGAGGAGAAGGGCAUGGAGGAGAAGGGCAUGGAGGAGAAGGGCAUGGAGGAGAAGGGCAUGGAGGAGAAGGGCAUGGAGGAGAAGGGCAUGGAGGAGAAGGGCAUGGAGGAGAAGGGCAUGGAGGAGAAGGGCAUGGAGGAGAAGGGCAUGGAGGAGAAGGGCAUGGAGGAGAAGGGCAUGGAGGAGAAGGGCAUGGAGGAGAAGGGCAUGGAGGAGAAGGGCAUGGAGGAGAAGGGCAUGGAGGAGAAGGGCAUGGAGGAGAAGGGCAUGGAGGAGAAGGGCAUGGAGGAGAAGGGCAUGGAGGAGAAGGGCAUGGAGGAGAAGGGCAUGGAGGAGAAGGGCAUGGAGGAGAAGGGCAUGGAGGAGAAGGGCAUGGAGGAGAAGGGCAUGGAGGAGAAGGGCAUGGAGGAGAAGGGCAUGGAGGAGAAGGGCAUGGAGGAGAAGGGCAUGGAGGAGAAGGGCAUGGAGGAGAAGGGCAUGGAGGAGAAGGGCAUGGAGGAGAAGGGCAUGGAGGAGAAGGGCAUGGAGGAGAAGGGCAUGGAGGAGAAGGGCAUGGAGGAGAAGGGCAUGGAGGAGAAGGGCAUGGAGGAGAAGGGCAUGGAGGAGAAGGGCAUGGAGGAGAAGGGCAUGGAGGAGAAGGGCAUGGAGGAGAAGGCAUGGAGGAGAAGGGCAUGGAGGAGAAGGGCAUGGAGGAGAAGGGCAUGGAGGAGAAGGGCAUGGAGGAGAAGGGCAUGGAGGAGAAGGGCAUGGAGGAGAAGGGCAUGGAGGAGAAGGGCAUGGAGGAGAAGGGCAUGGAGGAGAAGGGCAUGGAGGAGAAGGGCAUGGAGGAGAAGGGCAUGGAGGAGAAGGGCAUGGAGGAGAAGGGCAUGGAGGAGAAGGGCAUGGAGGAGAAGGGCAUGGAGGAGAAGGGCAUGGAGGAGAAGGGCAUGGAGGAGAAGGGCAUGGAGGAGAAGGGCAUGGAGGAGAAGGGCAUGGAGGAGAAGGGCAUGGAGGAGAAGGGCAUGGAGGAGAAGGGCAUGGAGGAGAAGGGCAUGGAGGAGAAGGGCAUGGAGGAGAAGGGCAUGGAGGAGAAGGGCAUGGAGGAGAAGGGCAUGGAGGAGAAGGGCAUGGAGGAGAAGGCAUGGAGGAGAAGGGCAUGGAGGAGAAGGGCAUGGAGGAGAAGGGCAUGGAGGAGAAGGGCAUGGAGGAGAAGGGCAUGGAGGAGAAGGGCAUGGAGGAGAAGGGCAUGGAGGAGAAGGGCAUGGAGGAGAAGGGCAUGGAGGAGAAGGGCAUGGAGGAGAAGGGCAUGGAGGAGAAGGGCAUGGAGGAGAAGGGCAUGGAGGAGAAGGGCAUGGAGGAGAAGGGCAUGGAGGAGAAGGGCAUGGAGGAGAAGGGCAUGGAGGAGAAGGGCAUGGAGGAGAAGGGCAUGGAGGAGAAGGGCAUGGAGGAGAAGGGCAUGGAGGAGAAGGGCAUGGAGGAGAAGGGCAUGGAGGAGAAGGGCAUGGAGGAGAAGGGCAUGGAGGAGAAGGGCAUGGAGGAGAAGGGCAUGGAGGAGAAGGGGCAUGGAGGAGAAGGGCAUGGAGGAGAAGGGCAUGGAGGAGAAGGGCAUGGAGGAGAAGGGCAUGGAGGAGAAGGGCAUGGAGGAGAAGGGCAUGGAGGAGAAGGGCAUGGAGGAGAAGGGCAUGGAGGAGAAGGGCAUGGAGGAGAAGGGAUGAGGAGAAGGGCAUGGAGGAGAAGGGCAUGGAGGAGAAGGGCAUGGAGGAGAAGGGCAUGGGAGGAGGAAGGGCAUGGAGGAGAAGGGCAUGGAGGAGAAAGGGCAUGGAGGAGAAGGGCAUGGAGGAGAAGGGCAUGGAGGAGAAGGCAUGGAGGAGAAAGGGCAUGGAGGAGAAGGGCAUGGAGGAGAAGGGCAUGGAGGAGAAGGGCAUGGAGGAGAAGGGCAUGGAGGAGAAGGGCAUGGAGGAGAAGGGCAUGGAGGAGAAGGGCAUGGAGGAGAAGGGCAUGGAGGAAGGGCAUGGAGGAGAAGGGCAUGGAGGAGAAGGGCAUGGAGGAGAAGGGCAUGGAGGAGAAGGGCAUGGAGGAGAAGGGCAUGGAGGAGAAGGGCAUGGAGGAGAAGGGCAUGGAGGAGAAGGGCAUGGAGGAGAAGGGCAUGGAGGAGAAGGGCAUGGAGGAGAAGGGCAUGGAGGAGAAGGGCAUGGAGGAGAAGGGCAUGGAGGAGAAGGGCAUGGAGGAGAAGGGCAUGGAGGAGAAGGGCAUGGAGGAGAAGGGCAUGGAGGAGAAGGGCAUGGAGGAGAAGGGCAUGGAGCAGCUGGCGUUCUUGGAGGGCAUGCUGUCCACACAGGUGAAUGCGUAGCCAAUGGCGGCACAAGAGGGGAGGCGAGUGAAAAGGAGGUGGAGUGUGUGGUGAUCGACACGCUGGGCGAGCGGCUGCACGAGGGGUGCUCACAGGCCUUCAUGCUGCUCUUUGACUCCUCCUCCUGGGUGGAUGUGGGCCUGCCUCCCCCAGCAGCGCCUGGAAGCACUGCUGCAGGCGGGGCCGACGCAGGAGGAGGAGGAGAGGGUGGUGCAGGUAACGGUGGUGGGGGACAGGCGAAAGGGCAGGGUACUGGUGACAGCAGUGAGCAAGGCGGCAGGGCAGACGAAGCAGAGAGGGCAGAGGGUAAGGCAGGCGGCACUGGUGCUCAGGUGCCCAAGGCAGAGACAGGCAGGCGAUGGGGUGUGAAGGCAGGCAAGGGCAGUGGCAAGGGCAAGGAUGGCAGUGGGAAGGGCAAAGACAGCAGUGGGUUGGACAUUGGAGCAGGGGGGUUAGGUUCCCAUCCACAUGGGGUGAACGAUACGGUGAGCUGUGAGGCAGGUGCUGCUAAGGGGGAAGACGUGAUAGUGGGAGCAGCAGAAGGAACGCAUGUGGCAGAGGUUGAAGGGGUGGUGCUCCAAGCAAUGCGAUCGAGUGAAGGCGUCACUUUGCUCCCUGCCGACACUCAUGGCGUGCCCGCUCCCAUCACUGCCACUCCAAAUCAUGUAGAUAGUCCUUCUGCGGACACCUGCAGCCCACCAUGCGGAGAUGAGUCAGCAUCCACUGCAGCUGACUCAGUGAUUCCUACAGCAGUGCAUGCAGCCGAGGCAACAUGUCUGCUGACACACACUGACGGUCCAUCACGGUCACCCAUACACGAGACCAGAGCCAGCACCACCAAUUUUGACGGGUGCGCAAGCAGUGAGCAGCCCACCCAAACCGCGUCGUGCGCUGCUGCCUCGUCUCCUGCCUGCACCACCACCGCCGCUGCCUCCCCUCCCACCUUGGCGGCACCUGCUUGUGGCGGGGAGGGCGAGGGGGAGGCAGCUCCGGUGGCAGCGGGGCGGAGGGUGUGGGGAGCGGAGGCGUGCCGCGAGUACCUCAAGGCGUUCCUGGCGGCGGUGCCGCUGGCGGAGGUGGAGGGUGACCUGCGCAAGGGGCUGCUGGCGUCACCUGAAGCCAUCCACCGCCGCCUCCAAGUGGAGCUUCACUUCACCCGCCUCCUCUGA